AUGGUUCCGGACAACCAGAUGAAAGAUAUUUACGGCACCUGUCCAGAAUGCAAUAAGCCAAAGAUAGACUAUGUAUGGUGUGGCACCAACACAUGUAAGAAACCACAUCCGCGCCCGCACUGGACAAGUGACAAUCUAUCAAUCGAUAAAUUCAUUAAGAAAUCGCAGAGAAUUGUCAAGAACUUUGAUGACAGAUUCCUCGAGUGGAUACCAUUCAACAGAUUAGAGAAUGUGAUACCAUUACAAGAUGAUAAAGAUACAGGAAGCUACUUGGCAACGUGGGUGGAUGGUCCAAGGUAUUUCGUUAUGAGACAAAGAGGAAUUCCUUCCAAAGUCGUAUUGAAAACGCUUGGGGUAUCGGAGAGUAUCACAGAUAGUUAUCUUAACGAGUUAGCAGAAGAAUACCCAACUAUUCUCCGUAAAGACAAUCGUACGAUAUACGGCUUCACACUCGACACCAUGACGCUAGAAUAUCGCCUUAUUAUCCAUAUCGACUAUGACGAACUCAAAUCAAUUUACGGCUUAUGCCCCACCUGUUUAAACCCAAAAAUAGACCCUGUCUGGUGCAUGGCUCGCACAUGUCUCGAACCUCACACGAGUGACGAAUGGACGACCGGAAGCGAUGCUUUGGAUGAGUUUAUAAGAUCGACUCAGAAAAAUGCCGUUGUCUGGGAAGAUACAUUCCUCGAGUGGAUACCCUUUCAGCAUUUAGAAUUCACGCAGUUGUUAGAAAAUGAAUAUGGAAAUACCACGUAUGGAGGUUUGUGGGUUUAUGGAAAAAGAGACUGUCAAUAUCACAGGCACAAGGCCAGAGAGAGACAAACAAGGGUUACGUUGAAUCAGUUACCCAGUCUUGGACAAGAAGUUAUUGAUGAGCUAUGCAAAACCCAUCCAUGCAUAACACGGAAGGACAACACGUCUAUUUUUGGAUUCACCCGGAACCCUGCGACGCGCGAAAACUAUAUAAUCUACGCCAGCGAUUACACUCUUCGGCGAAACAUGUAUGGUCUUUGUUCGACUUGUAAGCAGCCGAAAAACGAUCCAGUUUGGUGCAGAACUGAAGCAUGUAAAAUGCCUCAAUCUAACGAACAGAGUACGAGUGGUAGUCCUGCUUUGGACAAGUUUGUCACAGGAACUCAACGGAACGUUACCGAAAGGACGGAUAACUUUUUGGAGUGGAUACCAGCAGAUAGAUUAUCUGAUAUACAGCGGGCUGGUGAAGGGUUUUACAGUUGUAUGUAUACGGCGACUUGGUCUACUGAUGAAAGAAUUGGGAGGAACUUGCCAUCGCAAGUAUUAUUGAAAAAGUUGAAAGGGACUAAUAAGAAUUCGGACGACUUUGUUGUCGAGUUAGAACGGCAUUUUAAGUUAUACCAAGAGUACAAAGGACUUGUUCAGAUCUAUGGUCUGACGGCAGACCCAGAAACGGGAGAGUAUGCCAUAGUAAUGCAGCAAGCCAAACACGGAAGCCUUGCAGCAUAUUUACACAAUACCGACUGUAUUCAAGGAUGGUCAAGGCUACACCUUCUUCAGGACCUUGCCAAACAUCUGAAGGUCAUUCACAAGGCAGGGUUGUUCCACGGCAACUUACAUAGUGGAAACGUUCUCUAUGAUUCUACAUUACUUAUUGCUGACUUGGGUCUAUGUGUUCCUGUCGAACCGCCCGAGAUAAAUUCAGUGUAUGGUGUUAUUCCAUACAUGGCACCCGAAAUCCUACGUGGAGAACUCCACACACCUGCAGCAGAUGUAUAUAGUUUUGGCAUAUUGAUGUACGAGGUGGCGACAGGGAAACCGCCGUUCUACGACUGUGCACAUGAUCGAUCUCUUGCGGAGCAAAUUUGCAAUGGGCAUAGAUUAGAGUUACCAGAGGAGACGCCUACUCUUUAUGUGGAGCUGUUCCAAAUGUGUUGCGAUGCCAGACCAGAGAAUAGGCCCACUGCUGAAAAGAUUGCCGAAAUGCUUGAAGCUUGGAGCAACAUAUAUAAUGAGCCAGAAGUACACAAGUCUGACGAUAGCAAAUCAAGAGAGAAACUAGUGUUGCAUGAAGAAGCUGUCUAUACAAGCAGAUUGAUUGAAUUUGCAAAUUUGCCCCAGCCUAAGAAUUCGCCUACUACGUUGGCUAUUUUAGAAAAUGCUUAUAGUAUUUCAGAUACGAAUGGUAUGGAAAUACCGAUGUCUACCCCGUAUGAUAUUAAUGAUAUUAAUGAUGUUAAUGAUCAUAUCUCCAACGGUGUUUUUGAAGUUGAAGUACGAGACGGAUAA